GAAAGCUUUGAUACCUAGAAAAUUGCUUCAUGCAAGUUCAAUUCCUUUGCAAGGGUGUGCGCACUGUACUGCGGCAUGCCCGUUCUCCGCUAGUCGUGCUCAUGCCGCUUCGUAUUCGCACAUUCAGUGCGGCACAGCUGACCACCGUCGAAAUUACAACUUUCUGUACUGAGCUCAAGUAUCAAAGUAUUAAAAGUGGGUAUAUAGGUAACAUCAAAAAGUAGAAGAAGGAAGCAGCAUUUCCUGGUUCUGCCAGAAAGCUGAGCUCCCCAGUCUGACGGGUGGAAGUCUGUCUUCAUUGCUUUCUCAGUACUUUCUCCUGAGCUCGAUCAAACCGGCGCUCAAACUUGGGGACACAAAGAAGCGGCCGCAACACCACUUGCAGAACCAAAGGCGACCACAGCUAGAGUCAAAUGGCGCGGCUUCCGCUGAAGUUCCUGACUGCGGCGCUUCUCCUUCAGCUCUUUCUGGCUGUGCUCGCCAUGGGAAGCUCCCAGGGGAUUCCAAAUACAGCCCACGCCACCCCCCUGCAGGAAAGGUCCGACAGUGCCGUCACCCAACGACAGCUUCUGCAGGCAUUGCCCUCGAGCUCCUUUCUUCCAAACAUCACAAUUCCCCCCUUCUUGCUGAACAUAACUGCAGCGCAGGCGUAUAACCUAUCAAGCGUAAACCGGACGCUUAUCCUCUCGCAGCUGAGGGUGUCGCCAAACUUGACUGAGCUGUUUGGAGAGAAUGUGACGAGGGAUUAUGUGGAGACGCUGGUAGACCAGACGCUCCCCCUUGUGCUGGCGUGCGCAUCCAAUGCGACCGGCGACCUGUUCGUCUGCUUCAGGACCUGGCAAGCGGUGUUCAACAAGAGCUCCCUCAAUGCCACCGAGGAGCAGUUCCGCUUCGCCGUCUUCGUCAACAACACCCGGGCCAUCGUCGCCCAGAACGCCGCCCUGGUCAGCUUCUUCACGCUCCCUAACCGAGUUGUCAACCAGACCCAGAUUGCGCAACUCUUCCUCGAGAUGGAGUUGCCCCUGGAAGUCGUACGGCUGCUCAACUCCACACAGCUUGUGGGCUUGCACGAGUACAUCGACCGCACGCGGGCGGAGCUCAGGGGGCGUUACCAAGGGGCGCUUCCCGACGAGCCGCCUCUCGGGGGAAAUGUCACACUGACGGAUGAGCCGAUCGGCGCGCUUCCCAACGAGCCGCCUCUCGGGGAAAAUGUCACGGCGAUCGGCACGCGGCGGCUGCUUCAGAGCACCGGUGCCCCCCGCUCUUCAAACUGGAUUGAGUAUGCCAACCCAAUCAAAGAUCAAGGCCUAUGCGGGUUCUGCUGGGUGUUCUCAGCCACGGCAAGCCUGGAGAUAAUGAACAACAUGAUUGUGAAACGCGUCGUCUACAACCGCUCUGAAGAGGCGAUCGUCGACUGCCUAGGAAUAAAGUGCGACCCGGGCGGCGGCAAGGUGGAGUGGUCUUCGUGGGUGCCCAAAAACAGGUUUUGGCCGUCGGCGUGGAGGGUUCCAUACCAACAAGGGAACGGGGACACUACGCAAUGCCCCGCGGGCACCCCCGAAUUUUGGUUCAAGAGCCUGGUCAAGUGCCCCUACAACUGGGCGAACUGGAAGAAAAUCCUGGACGUCCAGCCAACGCUCUUGUACUUCAACACGGAGCAGCUCAAUGACGAGUACAAGGGCCCCAAAAUCUACGACAAGAGCUGCGUCUUCGCAACACAGACCAAUCACAUUGUGUUGGCAUACGGUUACAACUCGAUGACGGAGCGCAACGGUGACGUGGUCGAGUACCUUCUCUUCCGCAAUUCUUGGGGGAAGAGCUUCGGCUUUGGCGGCAACGGAGCUUUUGCGAUGACCAGGAAUGGCAAAGACCUCCACUUGUGCGCCUCGACUAGGGCUGGGAUCGUUUUCCACACCAACCCAAAGAUUCCCGGCCUGCCGAACCUUGUCUGCGACUACGUGACUCUAACCAACGUAAUCAACUAG